CCCACAUAGCGGCAUAGCGAGCAUCAAGUUCACGCUUUUCAUAACUUAACUCACAUGGAGCUUAUAUUCACAUCAAAUUGGCGUACCCAAUGGAAGUGGUUGCUAGAAAUGCUGAAGAAUUGCCCUAAACUUCAAAAUCUUACCCUUCACAAGCUUUAUGGACAUGGUAUUGAUGAGGAUGAUUGGAAGGAACCAGAAAUUAUUCCAAACUGCCUUUCCUCUCAACUAAGAACAUGCUCGCUUAUAUAUUACAAAGGCAUGAAGUGUGAGCUUCAGUUUGCAGAGUAUGUUUUGAAGAAUGCCAACUUACUGUGCACGAUGACAAUUAGUGCCUCUCCAGGGGAUUUAACUUUAAAGCACCAAAUGCUAAUGGAUUUAUCUUUGUGUCCAAGGGGCUCUACUGGAUGUAAACUUUCAUUCAUUCGAUUGCAUGCAUGUUGUUGA